GGAGCGGGCUUAUAAGACGGCAGCAACAGCGACAGACGGACAUAGGAAAUCCAUUCUUCAUUAUGUGAAGUUGAUCAUGUUUUGCGUCGGCAUAGCUGUCAGACCUGCUGCUGUGCGACCUACUGCACCACAUUUUUUGGUUUCAAAGUCUAUGUUGGAUUUCCACAUUCUCCUGGAGGGGCUUUCCCCCAAAGCUGCUACUGUAAACAGCAGCUAGAAAGGCAGAAGACCUAUCACAUGUGAGAAAGAGAGAUAAGACGCAGGCGGAUGUGUGGUGACAUCCCACAACAAGCAGAGUCUUAAAGCGGAAGAAUGAUGCCUCUCUUCUGGGUUGUGCUUUGGUCAACGCUCCCUCCUCUGGCUCUCUCCUGUGGUCCAGAUUGUUGUACCGUCCACGAGAGCAGCAGCUUACAGAAUGCGUCUCCACUGCUGAACUCCUUACAGUGCCAUAAUGAUUACGAGUCAUAUGUCUACUGCAAGUGGAGGGAACACGGAAACAUUCGACUGCAGCUCUGGUUUAAGAGAGAAAACAACAGGGAGCAGUGUACGCCUCAUGGUGUUGAAGUACAAGAUGCAAGUGAGCACAGGAUUGUCCAGUGUAGAUAUAAAACCCGUGCAUUUUCCAUUGGCAUCAAACACACUGUCUUCUUCCUCAAGAACAAGACACUCAGCCUCUGCUCGUCUGUCCCACACAGACCUCUGGAUCUUUCUCAGCACUUGAGAGCACGGCCACCAGUGAAUCUGUCCACACACGAGGGAGGUGAUGGAGGCAGACGGCUCAGUUGGUCCAGCCCCUAUGCCUCCUCCUCCUCCCUUAACAAAAACCUCACAUAUCAGCUCAACUUUAAGACAGACAGAGAAGACACCUGGACGUCUGAGGACGUUCCAAACACCAGUAUGACACUGGAGAAGACAUUGUUGCUUCCGGGUCGCAGAUAUGAAGCCAGGGUGAGGGCCCGGGCCAGUGUGGGACAGUGGAGCGAUUGGAGUCCCGUGGUGACCUGGCACACCGAAGAAGACACUGGGCAGUUUCCCAGUUUGCACUGUGUGCUAGACGAAGAGGAGGUGGUUAUGUGUAGCUGGGAGGUGAGCACAGAGGUGGAUCUUUUCGUUACCUAUCAGCUGGCAUGUCGACCCAACCAGACUGCACCGUCUAAAAUAUGCUGUGGGAACCCAAAAGUCAACCCUGACCUCAGCAGGGCGGUGAUGAGGUACAGCUGCUCGCUGACCGACGCAGAGCCUUCACAGCUGCUGCUGGAGCUCCUACCAGCACGCAAUGCCAAGAGUUUUAAUUCCGACCAACACAUUUGUCCCAAGCCCCCGCACCAGGUAAAGGUGAGGAAGAAAGACAGCAACUGGCUGGUGGAAUGGACUAAUCCAAACACAGCUUCAAAAAUCAGACUGUAUUAUCAGGUCUGCUAUUACAGGACACAGGAUCAGGGAUCUACUGUCCUGAUGAACAUUUCAGAGGGGUCCAUGUCCCUAAGCAUCCUGGAUUCCUCUCUUGACCCGUCCCAGCGCUACCAGGUCAGGGUCAGGUCGCUGAUCGUCCCUACCCACUAUAAGGGAAUUCCCUCUAAAUGGACCGAUCCGGUGGAGUGGACCUCACAUGAGGCCACCUGGUCCCCAACAACCCUGAUCUAUUUCACCAUCACUAUGUUUGUGGCUGCGGUCUUCCUCACACUCUACUACACCAUUCCAGCUUGUCAAAGGAGGGCAGUUCUGUGGGUGGACUCAGUUCCGUCUCCUGGCAAAAGCAAAAUUAUGUCUGAGGUCAAGUCUGGCACCAAAGGGACUCCCAUGCAGAAUGAGAGCACGGCCAUCUGCAGAGUUCUGCAUUUGGACAAAGUGUCAACAUGCACUUCAGAAGCUUGGCUGUGGCCAGCCAAGGACACUGAAACUAAUUGUCUGGAGCAGGACGAGGGCUGCUGGAAGUGCGAUAGCCUGCUCUGCCUUGCUGAGAAGGUUAAAGACUCUGACACGUCCUCCAUGAGCUUCAGCGGCCCUUACAUCUUCUGUCAGUCAUCGAGCCCAAGCUGCAAGUCCGCGGAUGUCAGAUGUGAAGACAAGAAGAAAGAACAAGAAUCGCCAUUGGAUGACUCAGCGUCUCCUUCCCCGGUGAAUUUCAGCCUUUAUGGGGAAGGUUAUGUGUGUCUGCCCAGCCGCAGUACCUCCAGGUCCACACAGGAUCUCAGAUCUCACAGCGACGCCAACACAAACGCACACAGGCUCGACAGGGCUGAGCGAGACCUUCAGUGUCACGAUGGGAUGGACGGCCCGCCGGGCCUCAGCGAGCCCGCCAGCAACCACCAACCUCCAGCGUACAUCUCAGGACCUUUCACUCCUUGGCCUCAAGGGAGCAUCGCACAGCCCUCUGGGUACUGCCACCUCCCCGCAGCUUUCAUGAGAGCAUCCCAGUGACCUGCAGCAUGCGAGGGAAGAGCACAUCCAGUAACACCUUAUGAGGCUUUCUCAGCAGAUAUAACAAUUAAGCAAUCAGUGAUUUCUUUUUUGUUUGUUUUUUAAUACACUUUCCACUUUAUGUUAAGCUACUUCUUGCUGCUGCUUCCAUGUGGAAAAUAUGCAAUCAUGUGCAAAAAUAAAUAGGUUUUUACACAUGUGAAAGGACCCAUUUUGUAUAGUUGAAUGUCUUAUCAGACCAACAUCAGAAUGGAUGUCUGACCAAUGGGGGGCAGUAGUGAGCUGAGCCUGUGAGAGCAAUGCAAGGACAGGAAAUCGAAGAGAUGGACUUCAGUAUGGCAAACAAAAGGAUUCUCUUUUUGGAAACUUCCUCACACAUUCCAGGGCAGAAUGAAAUAAGAGCACCUUAAAAUCUUAGAUAUUAUAAAUCAACAGCCCUGCUUGAUUGUUGUAUUCUAUGGCUUGAGAGAUUCUCAGAAAAGUAUUCACUUCCAUGUAUAUAUUUUCAAGCAUGUAAGGUGGUAACACACAUAUAUGUCUAAGCACAGAUUCUCAAGAGGUGUGUUGAAUGUAGUUUGUAUUACUUCCUUAUGGCUCUGUCUCUCU